AUGCCCACUUUUCAGACUCCCUCCACGGGCGGCGAGUCGCAUUCCUCCCAGGAGCCAUCCCAGAUCCCCAAGAAAGGGCGCGCUGAUAAGCAACCCGCACGCCCCGGGAAGGGCUCGGACGAUGAUUCGCCAUGGGGCCCCGAGGUUCAAAAGAAAUACGACGAGUUCCUGCACGAUGAGCGGAUCUAUGUCACCGAAGGUUUAUGGGACCGGUUUCCCAUUGGCUCCAGACUAUUUGUCGGCAAUCUUCCCACCGAGCGAGUCACCAAACGGGACAUGUUCCAUUUAUUUCACAAGUAUGGGAAACUAGCGCAGAUUUCAAUCAAACAGGCGUAUGGGUUCAUACAGUUCCUAGAGGCAGGGUCUUGCCAGGCAGCCCUCCAGGCCGAGCAGGGCGCUUUGGUCCGAGGCAGAAAAAUCCGUGAGUUGCUAACUCCCCCAAUCGAUCACAAGACCCCCAAUAAGCUAAAGUUAAUCCAGACCUCGAAAUUUCCAAACCCCAACGGUCUACCCGACCAGCGCCAGCAGAGCCCACUCGCGCCCCUCCUCCACGUCGCUCGCGAUCUCCAGAGUUUCCACGUACUGUGCCCGCUCGGGCCACCGCCCGAGCACCGGGCGACCGAUAUGACCGACCUUAUGAGCCGAGUCGGCUCCCAUUCAGUGAUUUCAGAGACGAGCCUUCGCAUCGCCGGCGUGAUGAUUAUCGCCCCCCACGGUCGCCAUCGCCCCGACCUAUCCGGGCCAGAGAUGGGUAUCGGUCUCGAGACAGAACACCAGAGCGCUUCGAUCGUCGCGAUCGACGACGAUCUCGUUCUCCUCGCUCCCGCCCCGCGGCCCCGAGGCGUGUACGACGGGGAGGCUGAACUUCCAGUUCCCAGACGCUCCAUCCGUGAUGUCCCCGAGGUCCAAAUCUUGGUUCUGGAAGAGGUUGACCGGAACUUCAUCCUCCACGUUGAAAAUGCUUUCCGCAACCGUGGCCUGCGCGUAGAUGUACUUGUCCUGGGACCUCGAAUCCCUCUUGGGGCAGCUGUCCACCGCCAAUACGUUGAAGGGGUUCUUGCUGUUGUACGGUUAUCCCGACCAAAUCAGUUCUCGCGCAAGAUCCCCCUCCAGAUUUUUGAUCGAAGCGCGGGGCCAACUCAUGUUCGAUUUACUGGUGAUUACCCCGAGGUUGAUGCCAAUAUUGCAGCUGAGGUCAUGUUUCACCAAGCUCAAGCUAUGCAACGCCCUGGUCCACCGGCCUCUUUCGCUCCUAACCCUGCAUUCGGCGUGCAACCGGUGCCUCAAGUGCCCAUCCCCCAGCCUGGCCUUCCUGCUCUCAACAAUCCCUCCAACAUGGCCAACCUCAUUAGUUCUCUAGAUGGUCCCAGCCUUCAAAACCUCCUCUCGGCUCUUCAGCGACCGAAUCCCCAGUCGCAACCAGUCUCGGCGGCCCAGUCACCUUUCUCAUCGCCCAAUCCUCCUCCACCAGCCGACUUGGCUGCUCUCCUUACCAAUGCGGCCCGUCAGCCUCCUAUCCCACCCACUCAGCCGCCUCUUCCCUCCCCUUCUUUCAACCUCCAACCUCCCCACGCGCCCGUUGUCUCCGAUCCUCACUUGCUAUCAAUCUUAGCAAAGGGUCUUGGUGGUCAGCAGCCGCAGGGCCAACCAGCCGUUGGGUCAAAUGUGCAGAACCUGAUGAACCAGCUGGCGAAAUGGAAACAAUGA